AUGCCCCUAGCGGUACUCGAACCUGAGACCGCUAACACAGCAAGUAGGAUAGGAAGAAAAAAAUAUAAGAACAAUCUUGAAGAUUCUGAUGAUGAAGACGGAAUCGUGGAAUCAUUUCAUCAGAAAGGAGACCAAGACGACGAAGACGAUGAAGAUGGGGAAGUGGAAGAAGUCGGGCCAGAGAUUGAGGAAUCAGUA